AUGGAAGGUGAACAAGAAGCUAAUGAUAAAACAAAAAUAAGUGAUGCAUUUCCUGAUGAGGAGAUCCUAGCAACUGCCAUGGAAACAUUGCCCUGCUUUGGAAAAUAUGGAGUGAAACAGCACAAAGUGGCUACUCCGUACCACCCGCAAACCAGUGGGCAAGUGGAGGUGUCGAAUCAUGAAGUUAAGGCCAUCCUAUCCAAGACGCUGGUCUAUGGAAAAGCAUGCUAUUUGCUAAUAGAGCUGGAACACAAAGCUCUAUGGGCACUCAAGUGGUUGAAUUUGAAUUGGAAGGAAGUAGCAGAGAUGAUACUAGGGAAACUGAAUGAGAUGGAUGAAUUCCAUCUUAGGGCAUAUGAACGAGCAUAUUUGUAUAAAGAGAAGAUGAAAAAGUACCACAAAUGGAAAAUAGAGAAACGAGAGUUCAAAAAUGGGGACUUGGUGCUUCUAUUUAAUUCCAGACUUAAAUUGUUACCAGGGAAGCUGAAAUCUAAGUGGUCAGGUCUUUUUAAGGUAAAUCAAGUCCACUCAUCUGGAGUAGUAGAGCUCAAAAAUGAAGAUGGCAUUACAUUCAAGAUACUAGUGAACGGGGAGGAACCCAAAGAAAAGAAAAAUAAAUUAGCUGAAAUCUGGUGCAAAUGA